AUGGCCCGCCACUCGGUCGAAUACGCGCCGACGUACCAGCGCUUCGUGCUCCGGCACAAGUCGUACGCGCAGCAGUUCUCGCACAUCUACGUGAGUCGCCUGCAGCAGCUGCGCGACGUGCUGACCGCGCGCGUCGGCCACGAGACGAGCGGCCGCGUCCCCGUGCGGCCCAAAGUGAUCGACCUCCAGGCCGACGGCCGCGAGUGCGUCGUAAUCGGUACGCUGCUCAAAGUCCUGACCGGCAAACCGAACCUCUUUGACGCACUGGUGCGCGAGACGGGCGUCACGCCGCUCGAGCGCCUCCCGCACGCGCUCGCGACGCGCGAAGAUGAGCUCUUACUGGAGGACGAGAGCGGCCGCGUGCAGCUCGUGGGCCGCGUCGACGUCGCGACGCUCGUCACUGGUGUCGUCGUCGCCGUGCGCGGCCGCGUGCCACGAGACGGCACCGGCGGACAGUUCCACGUCGACGAAGUGUAUGUGCCGUCGCUGCCGCCGCAAGCGCCGCUGCCGACGCGACCGGAGAGGGCGUACGUGGCGCUCGUCUCGGGUCUAAGCAGUGGACGGCGCGUUCACGGCCGCCACCCGCUGCAAGCGCACGUCGUGAUGGACUAUUUGGCCGGACGAGUGGGCGACGCGGCGGAAAAGGCGUUCGUGGCGCACGUCGUGCGGACGAUUGUGGUGGGGAACGUGCUGGGAGCAGUGGACGAAGACGGCGACGCCGACGGCGUUCACGUGCCGACCGUUGCACGAAAGACGACGGAGCAGUUGGCUCUGGAAGGAGCGCCGCUGCGCGACGCCGACGCGCUCGUGUCGACGCUCGCAGCUGCCAUGUGCGUGGAUUUGAUGCCCGGGCCGGCGGACCCGAGCAACUACACGCUGCCGCAGCAGAGUUUCCACCCGUGUCUGUUCCCACGGAGCGCCUGUUUCCAGUCGUUUCGAUGCGUGACGAACCCGUACGAGGCGCAGAUUGGGGGCGUGCAGUUUCUCGGAGACGCGGGGCAGCCACUGCGCAGUCUGUUGCAAUGCACAUUGCCAGAUGGCGACGAUGUCGAGGCAGCGGACACAGAAGAGCGAGAGCAGGAGCGCGCGUUGGAUUACUUGCAGCGGUGUCUCGAGUGGAGACACGUUGCGCCCACUGCGCCAGACGUGCUCGCGUGCUUUCCCAUGGCAAACGAGGACCCAUUUAUCCUCGAGAGCUGUCCGCACGUGUACUUUUCCGGCAAUCAGCCGCGCUUUAGUACGCGAUUUGUCAAAGGAGAAAACGGCCAAGAAGUGCGACUUGUUACUGUGCCUUCGUUCUGCGAGACGUCUACGAUUGUGCUGGUCGACCUCAAGGACCUGUCGUGUUUUCCGAUUACAAUCGAGAUAUAG